AUGAUUAAACUUAACAGAGAAAGAACGCAUAAGUUAAUAAUUUUUAUGAUAAUUAUGAUGAAUACAUUGUUGUUAAUUGCAAUAGUAUUAAUUGCAAUAAAUUAUUCAAAUGAUGAAAAUAAUAGUAAUUCUAAUAUUAAUGUAAUAGAAUCUAAAAUAAAGAAAAUUAUUGACGAGAACUCUGAAAAAUAUUUAAAAGUAAUCGAAGAAACCGUAAAUGAAUUUUUGACCAAUUUUAAAAAUAACGUUCUUGCUAAAAGAAAAGAGUUUGAUAAGAACACUGAUGAAUUUGAUACUGAAUUUAAAAACGAUAUUGAUAAUUUACUUAAAAUAAUAUUAAAAAUUUUGACAAAGAUAUCUGAUAAUAUAUAUGGUUUAAGGAUUAAUUUGAAUGAGUUUUUAAAUUUGUUUUUAGAAAAAAUAGUAGAAGAUAAAGACAGAGAAAUAAUUUUUUUGAAUAAAAACCUUGAAGAAACUACAAAAAUUCAUGAAGACUGUGAAAAUGUGUAUGAUACUAUAAAAAGCAUGUUAAUUGAUAAUUUGAUAGAAAAACUUAAAAAUUUAUAUUUUUCUAUUAAAAAUAAUACUUUGGAUAAAGAAAAUAUAACAAUUGAUAUUUUAAGAUCAUUAUUAGAAAUCAACAUAAAUGAACAAAAAAAAUUACUUAGUGAUAUUAAAAUAAUUCAAAAACAUAUUAAAUAUGAUUAUGAAAAAGAAUUGGAAUAUAAUAAGUUUUUAACUGAAAUCAUAAAACUUUUAGAAGAAGAAUAG